GGACGGCGCGCCUCCACAGCCCGUCAGGGAAGCAGCGGCGAGGCACCGCGGCGGCGGCGGCGGCUCCGGAGCGCGGCGGGGCGGCGGCUCCGCCCAGGGCAGCGCCGGGCAGCGCCGGCCGUGACACUCAGGAAAUGCUUGUCUCCUGCUGUUGAUGAAUAAUUUCAGAGUACUAUGGAUCAUGCUGAAGAAAAUGAAAUCCUUGGAGCAACCCAGCGGUACUAUGUGGAAAGACCUAUCUUUAGUCAUCCGGUCCUCCAAGAAAGAUUGCACAAGAAGGACAAGGUUUCGGAUUCCAUCGGGGAUAAGCUGAAACAGGCAUUCACAUGUACUCCUAAGAAAAUACGAAAUAUCAUUUACAUGUUCCUCCCCAUAACCAAGUGGUUGCCUGCAUACAAAUUCAAGGAAUAUGUGUUAGGUGACUUGGUCUCAGGCAUAAGCACAGGGGUGCUGCAGCUUCCUCAAGGUCUAGCCUUUGCGAUGUUGGCAGCGGUGCCUCCAGUGUUUGGCCUAUACUCUUCGUUUUACCCUGUUAUCAUGUAUUGUUUUUUUGGAACCUCCAGACACAUAUCCAUAGGUCCAUUUGCAGUUAUUAGCCUGAUGAUAGGCGGUGUGGCUGUUCGAUUAGUACCAGAUGAUAUAGUCAUUCCAGGAGGGGUAAAUGCGACCAACGGUACAGAGGCGAGAGAUGCCUUGAGAGUGAAGGUCGCCAUGUCUGUGACCUUACUUUCAGGAAUCAUUCAGUUUUGCCUAGGUGUCUGUAGAUUUGGAUUUGUGGCCAUAUAUCUCACGGAGCCCCUGGUCCGUGGAUUUACCACCGCUGCAGCCGUGCAUGUCUUCACCUCCAUGUUAAAAUACCUGUUUGGAGUUAAAACAAAGCGGCACAGUGGGAUCUUUUCAGUGGUGUAUAGUACAGUUGCUGUGUUGCAGAAUGUUAAAAACCUCAACGUGUGUUCCCUAGGCGUUGGGCUGAUGGUUUUUGGUUUGCUGUUGGGUGGCAAGGAGUUUAAUGAGAGAUUUAAAGAGAAAUUGCCAGCACCCAUUCCUUUAGAGUUCUUUGCGGUGGUUAUGGGAACUGGCAUUUCGGCUGGGUUUAACCUGCAUGAAUCAUACAACGUGGAUGUCGUUGGCACACUUCCUCUGGGGCUGCUACCUCCAGCCAAUCCAGACACCAGCCUCUUCCACCUUGUGUACGUGGAUGCCAUUGCCAUAGCCAUCGUUGGGUUCUCAGUCACCAUCUCAAUGGCCAAGACCUUGGCAAAUAAGCAUGGCUACCAGGUUGAUGGCAAUCAGGAGCUCAUUGCCCUGGGACUGUGCAACUCCAUUGGCUCACUGUUCCAGACUUUUUCAAUUUCCUGCUCCUUGUCUCGAAGCCUUGUUCAGGAGGGAACUGGAGGGAAGACACAGCUUGCAGGUUGUUUGGCCUCAUUAAUGAUUCUGCUGGUGAUAUUAGCCACUGGAUUUCUCUUUGAAUCACUACCUCAGGCUGUGCUGUCGGCCAUUGUGAUCGUCAACCUGAAAGGAAUGUUUAUGCAAUUCUCAGAUCUCCCGUUUUUCUGGAGAACCAGCAAAAUAGAGCUGACCAUCUGGCUUACCACUUUUGUUUCCUCCUUGUUCCUGGGACUGGACUAUGGUUUGAUUACUGCCGUGAUCAUCGCACUGCUGACUGUGAUUUAUAGAACACAGAGUCCAAGCUACAAAGUCCUCGGGCAGCUUCCUGACACUGAUGUGUACAUUGAUAUAGAUGCAUAUGAGGAGGUGAAAGAAAUUCCUGGAAUAAAAAUAUUCCAAAUAAAUGCCCCAAUUUACUAUGCAAAUAGUGACUUAUAUAGCAAUGCAUUAAAAAGAAAGACUGGAGUGAACCCAGCCUUCAUAAUGGGAGCAAGAAGAAAGGCAAUGAGGAAGUAUGCUAAGGAAGUUGGAAAUGCCAACAUGGCCAAUGCGACCGUAGUCAAAGUGGAUGCUGAAGUAGAUGGAGAAGAUGGCACCAAGCCUGAGGAAGACGAGAAUGAAAUAAAAUACCCCCCAAUAGUCAUCAAGAGCACACUUCCUGAGGAACUGCAAAGAUUUAUGCCCCCGGGGGAUAACAUCCACACCAUCAUUCUGGAUUUUACGCAAGUCAAUUUUAUUGAUUCUGUUGGUGUAAAAACUGUGGCAGGGAUUGUGAAAGAAUAUGGAGAUGUCGGUAUUUAUGUGUAUUUAGCAGGAUGCAGUGCCCAAGUUGUGAAUGACCUCACUCGAAAUCGAUUCUUUGAAAAUCCUGCCUUACUGGAGCUGCUGUUUCACAGCAUUCACGACGCAGUCUUAGGCAGCCAAGCCCGAGAGGCGCUUGCCGAACAGGAAGGCUCGGCAGUUCCUCCCCAGGAGGACUCCGAGCCCAACGCCACUCCCGAGGCCUAGGCGAGGAAUCCAGCCUGCCAUGGGGUAUGAGCCUCUCGUGAUUAUUAACCUACAUACUUUAAAUACUAGACGCUAUGUUGUUGUUUUUUUUCCCUGAGGGUAAAUGUUAGUAGUCAAGGCUUGAUUUGGAGGGUGAAAGACGCACAGUAAGAUGUAUGUUACUUGUAUUUUUUUUUAAUUGACUAUUUCAAAAAUGUUAGCCUCUUGCCUGCCUUUAUUGUUCAGUGACAUUUCUGUUACUUUUUAGCAUUAUCUUUGUGAGCCAAGCACUUAAAAAUUUAUUUAAGUACUUUAUCCACAAAUCAGAUAUGCUGUCACCAGAUGGGUAGUAGUACUUAGUUUUUCUUCUUGUUGAUCUACAGACUUUCUGUAAUCAGUUACCUUACAGAAGGGGUGAACUCACAAUUUUUUAGAAGUUCUUCUUUUAAAAUAACUAUUUACUGUUAUAGAAGCAGUAUAAGUACAUUGGGGAAAAUUAGAAAAGAUAGACAAACAAAAAUAAGGAAAAUCUUACAUUACCACCAAAGAUUAUUGCUAACACUUUAAUGCAUAUUCUUCCAGAUCUUUUUCUAUUCAUAUAAUUUACAUCUUUUAAACAAAAUAAGAUUAUACUCUAUGUAGUGUUCUGUAACCUAUUUUUUUUUCAGUCCACAAUCUCUGCUUUCUCAUUCUGAAACAUGUUUAUUUACCUCAGACCAUAUUCAAAGUUCCCCAAGUGUCCCCACAUUUGUAGUUGGUUUAUCCAAGCUAGUAUUCAGUCUAUGACCUUACACUACAAAUGGUCAUGUCCCUCUAAGUCUCAGAAGUCUAUCUUAACCUAGCACUGUCCCUUUAUUUAUGACAUGGACUUGUUAAAGGGAGUUGGAGCAGUUGUCUUAUAGAAUCCCAUCUUGUGAAUGUGUCCACUUGUUUUUUCAAGGUGUUAUUUAGCUUGUCCCUCCAUUUCCUGAACUACCUAUAAUCUAGAAGUUGUAUUUAACUAAAGGCUUCACAAAUUUGAAUAAAACAUUUUUUUUUUGCUAGAAUAUAUCAUAGAUGAGACACAUACUUCAAAUCACAACAGAAAACAAAUAAUAUCUUGUUGAUCUACCAUUAAUGAUGCUAAAAUAAAUCACGGGAUUAAUGUGACAACCAUCCCCCAAUUACAUUUUCUCCUUUGUGACUAGUGAGUUAUCUGUAUGGUUCCUUUAGCGUUGAAUGAAUGAAUGCUCAGUUCUCCAUUAGCCAUUCACCCAGGGUUUUUAACGUUUAGUAAUAGUUCUUGCCUUAAUCAGCAAUUUUAUUAAGGGUUUGUGAAUUCUUCUUUCUCUAAUUCUCUCCUGUAGUUUUCUCUCAACUUGAAUUAUUGAUCAUCCUUAAAUACAGUUCUUACUUGAAAGCGAGGUUAAAUGUUUUAUUUUUUAUGCUUAAUUAUCAGCUUCAAGGUAAGGAGUUGGUUUAAUAGAUGAUGACAGAUUUUCUUUUAGGUUUCUUUUUUUUUUGGUAUAAAUUCAUGAAUUUUUGUAGUUUUAAUGUGUUUCAGCUAUUAUAUUCUUUUUGGUAUUCAAAUCAUCCCACCUGUGGCCAGUAGGACCCCUCCCCCCCAGAAGUUUUGUUGUUGCUGCUAAUAGUGAAGUAGCCUUCAGUACCAUCUAUUUUAGAAAUCUAACCAACUCCUGGUUAGAUUUGUAUAGUUAUCUAUAACCAUACAGAUAACUGAGUAUUAUCCUUCUAAGUCCAUAGAAUUAUCAAUUAAUUCUUCAUCAAACUCAGUUUUAAGCUGACGAGUGAGUAAAAAGCUAUUUCAAGCAUUUUUCUUUAUAGCUAUUCAAAAGGAGACCUUUAAGCCAAUAUAUGUCAUCAGAAGUUCUUGCUCCUGUAAUUCCAACCACGAGAUCACUCCAAAUCACAGCACAAGUAUUAGCCAAUCUGCUUAAAGCCUCAUCUGCUAAGAUUAACUACUAAUGUUUUGUCUUUUUUAUGAGUUUCCUUACUGACUCCUUAUUUUAGUUUUCAGGAAGAAAACACUUUGAGGAGAAAAGUACAUCAGGAAAGGACUAGAUUAACACGAGUCUACUCCAAACCAAACCCUGUGGUUUGUUACUUUAACUAUCAGGUUUCUCAAUGACUUUACUAAUUUAAUUCAAAGUAGUCCCCCUCCUUUAUAACCAAUACCAUAUCUAGAUCUAGAGUGAAAUUAAAUUUGCAUCCAGUUGUUUCCUUUUCACUCAUCACACACAAGAUCAGAUACAUCUGCCUUCUGAAAGAGCAUGUAGUUGUAGGACCUCAGCUUACACUGGAAACUUUUGUAUAAGGACUUGAUCAUUUCAGCCAUUAAAGUAGAGCUCAAGGAUUUUAAAUAAUGUUAUACAAUAUUCUAUUGCAUAAUCUUAGCAUUAAUUUUCAGUAAAUGCUUUACAUACAGCAUAUACUCAAGUCUUGGUUGGUCAUAGACUGAAAGUAGUAUACAGGAAAAGUACCAUCAAUAGCUUACAAAUUUGUAUUUAACUUUUCUGCCCUAUACUUUUUAACCUAUUCUGAAGAGAAUUCUACCAUGUACAUAAAAACACUGAAGUCUUACUGAGGAAAAGUGUGUUUUCUGCAUGCCUCUGAUAACAUAAGAAUGCAUUUCAAAAUGUAUUCUAUUUACAUGUAGAUAUUUUGGAAUCUUUUGAGUUAUUUCAUAUAGUGGGAAGUUUCCUGAGCUUUUUAUUCUUACAAUCAAGUUUUGUCUCUACCUCAUUCUUUCUGGACCUCAAAAGCUGUGUAUCCUUCUGUUUGUAUGUGUGUCUUUCUAUGUUUGUAUGUGUGUCUUUCCAUGUUUUUCAGCCCAGGUUCAAAUUCAGAUUCUUAUUGCCCUAUCAAAGAGCAUAAUCUAUACUGACAGAUAUAGGGACUAGACUACUUUAUUUUAUAGCAGUAUGAGAACGCCUUGUUUUCAGGAACGUCCCAUAUAGUGAAGUUGUCUUUCUCAAAUCCUCUGCAAUGUGACCAUGGUUUAUCUGUCUCACAGUUGAAUGAAAUACGUUUGCAAACAAUUGUGAACCAGGGCCCAGGAAACUCAUUCGUGUCACAGACACUGACUGUACAAUCAUAUAGCAGCUGAGAGUGGGAUCUCAAUGCCAGUCUUAUCUGCAGUGG